CAUAGAUUUUUGGUUGAUUUCCUUUUCACUUUGCUUUCAUAUUCUCGCUAAGAUCUAAUAAACUAAAGUUCUUUUGUGCUUCUGGUCAUAUUUUGAUUCAACGGCCCAGGUGUCGUGACACCGAGCGCAGGAUAAGUACGAGAGUGAACAGCAUCUUAUUGAUUUUCUUUCCCUUGCAUAUGCUUCGAGUCAACGCGAAGUGGUGUUAGUACAGCUAGCGGAGAACUUAUGAUCUAAUUGGAAUAUAUCCUCAUUUAUGUAAUAAUUUACAUUUAGUGAGACAUUUCACCUAAUUUGGUGUAAACAGGAGUCAGCGAAAAUGAUGGCAAACUCACUCGACACCAUGAACGCUAAUCAACCCACGCAAAAUGGUAGCAAACUUCAGCCGUGUAACAAUGAGUCCAAGACGAAUCUCAUAGUGAACUACCUGCCACAAACCAUGACUCAGGAGGAGAUAAGAUCACUGUUUUCAAGUGUUGGUGAAGUAGAAAGUUGCAAGCUCAUUAGAGACAAAGUGACCAUAUUCCCUGAUCAUAUUCUCAAUGGGCAGAGUCUUGGUUACGCGUUCGUCAAUUACCAUAAAGCAGAAGACGCUGAGAAGGCAGUGAACACACUGAACGGUUUACGAUUACAGAACAAGAUUAUCAAAGUUUCCUAUGCUCGACCAAGUUCUGAUGCCAUUAAAGGAGCUAAUUUGUAUGUGUCUGGAUUGCCUAAACAUAUGACGCAGCACGAGUUGGAGAAACUGUUCAGUCCUUUCGGUAACAUCAUUAGUUCGCGCAUAUUACAUGAAAAUGUUAACGUGGGACAUUUGCUGCAAGGCGGAGGGGAUGAUCAGUCAAUGCAAGGGCCAUCAAGAGGUGUUGCUUUUAUCCGAUAUGACCAGAGAAUCGAGGCUGAAUCAGCAAUACGUGAACUCAACGGCACCAUACCUCCUGGGGGUACACAACCAAUCACAGUGAAAUGUGCAAACAAUCCAAGUAAUCAGAACAAGGCACUGGCUCCACUCGCUGCUUAUUUGGCUCCAGCAGCAGCACGCCGCUUCGUAGGCCCUGCUGGUAAGGCUCUACUUGCUAUUAAUAAGGGCCUCCAGAGAUUCUCUCCUCUGGCAGAUCCCAUCAUCCAAGGUAAUGCUCUAGGUGGCUCUGGUUGGUGUAUUUUUGUGUACAACAUUGGAGCUGAUACGGAAGAAAGUAUUCUUUGGCAGCUGUUUGGUCCCUUUGGUGCAGUCCAAAGUGUCAAAAUUAUUAGAGAUCCUACAACCAACAAGUGCAAAGGAUAUGGCUUUGUCACAAUGACCAACUAUGAUGAAGCCGUGGUCGCCAUCCAGUCUUUGAACGGCUAUUCGCUCAACGGCCAAGUGCUGCAGGUCAGCUUCAAAACGAACAAAAGUAAAUCUUAAGUAUCACAAAGUCUAGUCAAUAAAUUGUAGCUAAUGCAAUCAACUGUCAUGGUUUAGCAUCAAGAUUUUUUAGUACUGAUUAGCGGAUUGCCAUGUGAUGCAAAUCAUGACAUGAUGUCAAUAGAAAGCAGUGUGAGAAGUACAAACCUCCAAAAAAACCGCAUACUGUAGUUACACAGAAAAAAUAUUUUUACUUUUGUUAUGACUGGCAGCUUCAAUUAAACUGUUUAAUUAUAUAUGAAAUAAUAAUUAAAAGUAAAAGCAAGGUGUUUAGGAGCAAAAUUACUAUUUUACAGUAUUUACAAAUCUUAAAAAAAACUGGCCAAUAAUUUGUUUCAUCUAUGUUUACAACAUGGCGCUAUGUGUAUCAUUUUGAAACAAUUUUUACUAACCUAAAUUUGUGUUGUUUGGUGUUUGUAAAUACUCAGAAAUAAGCAAUAAGUAAAUACCUUGCUUAUUUUUUGUUUCAUGGACUUAUUUCAUUUAAAAAAUUAUCAAAUAAAUAUGUUACUGAGGUUUACUUAGUCAAACAUCGUAUCUAUAGUCCAGACUAU